AUGAGCCACGACGCUCAAGUUCAAGGCGCUCUGGAGGCCUACUAUGCUCUUACCCCAGACCAGCAGAGCAUCUUCAGUCAGUUGUCUGCGACUCCAUCCUCAGCAUCCUCUCCACAAAGCCCCAGCUCCAUCGACAUGAACUCGCCCGCCUCGCAUCAGAGCCCCCAGCCAGCCUCGCGUGCCGCGGUUGUUGGCGGAAGAAGAGUAUCUCGAUCAAGAGCACGACAGAGUCAGGCUGCGCACCACAAGAAGAGACCUCUCAAUGCAUUCAUGGCGUUCCGCUCGCUCUACUCUCCACAACUUCCUGGUCUGACCCAGAAGGUCAAGUCUGGCCUCCUUCGGGAGAUGUGGGCUGCUGAGCCAAGAAAGCCCCUCUUCUCUGUUCUGGCACAAGCCUACACCGACAUCAGAGACAAUCACCUCGAGCUUGUCCCGCUUGACAAGUUCCUCGCUGCAACUGCCCACCAGCUUCCGGUUGUUCCUGCAGCCGAGUACCUUCUCAAGAUGGGAUGGGAGCUUACCAUCGUUGCGACUGACCAGGCCACCAUCAUCCGCUCUACCACAUUCAAUGCUGGUGCUGUCAACUCUGAAUAUCCUGCAUACACCGACAAGUCUUCCGUUGACCUUGUCAAUCAUUGCUAUGACUCUGGCGUGCUCCAGCGGUCGUCUCGUCUCGUUCAAAGAACGAGAGCUGGUGCCAAUGUCAUGGCUAUGCCCAUCGCUGCUGCUCCUGCGCCAGCUGCUCCAGCCCAGCCUCAAGUCACAGCCUUCGACGACUUCGAUUGGGAAGAGGCGUUGCGAGAGCUGGCUGCUCCGGCAGACCCAACACCAGAGUUCAACUUCAACGACCCUAUCAUCAACCUCCGUCCUGACUACCACCCAUCCAUCGACACCGUCACAGCCGAUCAGCAACGAGCCUACGAGCGUACCCCAUUCGCCUUGCACUUCCAUCCAGAGAUUCAGCCGCCCGUCCUCGGCUUCGACCCAAACAUGAUUCAAGACGAAUUCGAUCCGUUCAGUUUCUUCGACCUCUCUGAGUAA